AUGCGACUGUCUGGUCUGCAGAGGGAGGUCUUGGCCCUCUAUCGCCAGUGUCUGCGUGAGAGCCGCAAGAAGCCAAGAGACACACGGGGCCAUUUCGAGUCUUUUGCUCGAUCCGAGUUCGAAAAGAACAUCCACAUUGACAAGCGAGACUUUGCAGCCAUCGAGUUCCUCGUGCGCAAAGGCCGUCGUCAAUUAGACGUGUACGCGUCCCCGGGGAUUAAGGAUAUCAGAUGA